UCGGCUGGUGCAGGCAGAACCAAAAGAUAUUUAAUCAGCAAUUAGAAACACCUGAGGGCAAGGGAAAUUCUACUCCAGCCUCGAACCUCAUCUCUCAGCCUGCAGCAUGCUGCUCGGCAGAAUGGCCACGGAGGAGCGGCACCUCUCCUCCAGCUGUGGGUCCUUCAUCAAGACCGAGCCCUCCAGCCCAUCUUCUGGCAUCGAUGCCAUCAGCCACCACAGCCCAAGCGGCUCCUCCGACGCUAGCGGUGGCUACGGCAUCGCCAUGGGCGGCCACCCCAAUGGCCUAGACUCGCCACCCAUGUUCAAUGGCACGGGGAUUGGCGGCGGGUCCUGCCGUAAGCGUUACGACGACUGUGCCAGCGCCAUCAUGGAGGACUCACCCACCAAGUGCGAGUACAUGCUCAACGCAAUCCCCAAGCGGCUGUGCCUGGUGUGUGGGGACAUUGCUUCUGGGUACCACUACGGCGUGGCUUCCUGUGAGGCAUGUAAAGCCUUCUUCAAGAGGACUAUUCAAGGGAAUAUUGAAUACAGCUGCCCGGCCACCAAUGAGUGUGAGAUCACGAAACGGAGGCGCAAGUCCUGUCAGGCCUGUCGCUUCAUGAAAUGCCUCAAAGUGGGGAUGCUAAAAGAAGGUGUUCGUCUGGAUCGAGUCCGUGGAGGCCGUCAGAAAUACAAAAGGAGACUGGAUUCUGAGAGCAGCACUUACCUGAGCUUACAGAUCCCUCCCCCAGCUAAAAAGCCAUUGACUAAGAUCGUGUCCCACUUGCUGGUGGCUGAGCCAGAGAAGAUUUAUGCCAUGCCUGAUCCAACCAUGCCGGAGAGUGACAUCAAAGCCCUGACAACCCUCUGUGACCUGGCAGACAGGGAACUGGUGGUGAUCAUUGGCUGGGCAAAGCACAUCCCAGGGUUCUCCAACCUCUCCCUUGGAGACCAGAUGAGCCUUCUGCAGAGUGCCUGGAUGGAAAUUCUCAUCCUGGGCAUUGUGUACCGCUCCCUGCCGUAUGAGGACAAGCUGGUCUAUGCUGAGGAUUACAUAAUGGAUGAAGAGCACUCUCGUCUGACAGGGCUGCUGGAGCUCUACCUGGCCAUCCUACAACUGGUGCGCCGCUAUAAGAAGCUCAAAGUGGAAAAGGAGGAGUUUGUCACGCUCAAAGCUCUGGCCCUCGCCAACUCAGACUCCAUGCACAUAGAAGACAUGGAUGCAGUGCAGAAACUCCAGGACCUUCUCCACGAAGCCCUGCAGGACUACGAGCUGAGUCAGCGCAAUGAGGAGCCCCGGCGAGCAGGCAAGCUGCUCCUGACCUUGCCUCUCCUGCGGCAGACAGCUGCUAAAGCUGUGCAGCACUUCUACAGCAUCAAACUACAGGGCAAGGUUCCCAUGCAUAAACUCUUCCUAGAAAUGCUAGAGGCAAAGGUCUGACAGCCCCAGCACCAGCUGACAGUGGCCGGGGAACAAACUAGAAACAAAGAUGCAGACAACGGAGCAAUCCAAACAGCAGCAGCAGCCACCGCCGGCUUUUAUCUCCAAUCAUUUAUUAUGGAAGAAUUAUUUAAUGUCUAUCUGUCGGCGUGACUGCAGAAUCUUGUGUACAGGAGGGGGGAAACUUUUAAUCAGUCACCUGUUUCUCUUUUUUUUGUUGUUUUCUCUGUGGGAAAUACCAGAUUAUGCUCUUGCA